GCCAUAAUCCUUUAUGGCGGUGCUGGAGUUUAUGUGGUUUCUGCGGCAGACGCCCGGAACAGAGCUGUCGGUGUGUGAGGAGAUGCUACGGGAGCUCCAGGGGAUCGUCCUGUGCCGGGACAGCCUACAGCUGAGGCGUCGGCGGGGGACGACCAUGCUCCGUCCUCGCUCCCUGCCCCUGGAAGAGCGCCGGGCGAGGGCCGCCGCCGUCAGCCUGAGCAAUGGCAAGUUGUGUGGCGCUGCCGCCGGCCUGCCCCUCUCCGAGCCCCUCUCCCACAGACUGGCGCAGGAGGCGGCUUUGGUGGCGCGUGGCUGCAGCCACAUCCGCAUCUGCCCCGAGUGCAGGCGCUUCCAGGGGCUGCGCGCCAUGCGUCCCGGGGGAGGCCCCGGCCACGGCGCCUCGCCCACCCACAGCGAGGAGAGCAUAGAGUGGGAGAAAACGACCAACAGCAGCGAACCCGAAUAACAAUGACCCCCCCCCUUGACCUGGACAACCCUUUUACCUACCUAGACCACCACACACCCACUGUACUACUGUACCCAGUAGGCACGUCUCCACAAGGGCAACAGGGGGCAUCAUGGGAAGGUUAUGUGGUACUGUGACAGGAGCUGCCUUGGUCCUGGUGUAUUUGAUUUGGGAGGACGGUGGCUGGGGCGUUGGCUUUGGCUGUGGAAAUUUUGGGCACGUCCCCCCUGGAAGGGAUCUUUGAGUUGAGUAGAGCUCUGAAAUGAUGCCYUGGGCUUAGUGAUGGAACUCCCGUUGUACAUGUCCAUAGAGACUACCAGAGGAAGUCCGUGAGAGGGGACACGACCUCUCUGUAUGGGCUGUCUGUCUCGAAGGCCCUAUGCCCUUUCUAGGAUGUGAAGGACACAGGUUACGGGGCAUUUGUACUAUGCAGUAUUUUCUGUCACUCGUGCUAAUUGUUGAUUUGUUUAUAAAUUAUUUGUCCUUUUGUUGUGUUCUUGAUAUUGAUCAUAUUGUUACUAUUCUAUUGUUCUCUGAGACGGUACCAUUUUUUAUUUUCUCGAGAGCUGUGGACAUUAUUGCCUUUUCAGAGCUAAAAACAGAGAACACGUAGAAAAAGACUUCCAAUUCAGCAUCAUUCUUUGAAAGUGCCGACAAAAAAAGAGGAUAUCGAGCGAUGGGAAAGCACCACGGCCUUGAGGCGACGACGACGAGAACUGAACAUGAAAAUAAAACACAACGACUCGUUUUAUAAUAGUGACUGUAUCCUAUAUGAAAAUGUGUUUUCAACAUGUUUCUGAAAGCCAGCGACGCAUGUCAGCAGGUGUGAUGCUGAUGCUUGGAGGGGAGAAUGAGUUUCCCGUUCAAACAAUUUGCCCGGAGACACAAAGAACCCCAAUGUAAUCAGAAAUAGUCCUCAUUCGUUCCCUUUGCGCAUGUGUGGGCCCUGUCUCUUGAUAUUGCCCCCGGAUCACAAGUCAUAAACAAUACUAGGAACCACAACAUCACACCAUUUUGAGUUUCUUUCCAUUGUCCACUGUGGUAUACAGUAUCAUAUGAAUCCCAUAUACUGUAAGAAAUUGGUAUUGGUUCGCUAUUUCCAAUUUGUGCUCUCCAUUCCCUCUGUUCAACUCACUCCCUUUGUCAUCGUGCUGCACCAUUGCUUCGACAUGACUCAGACACAAUCUCUGCGGCAUGCACUACACACUCAUGCACACGCACGGAAACGCACACACUCACACAUGCAGGCACACAGGCAUGUGCACACACACACAGACACAAUACACACAAGCAAUGCAGAUAGUUACACUGCAGAGGUAGUCAUACUGAGAUGGUGGCAUUGGGGAAGAAUUCAACACAUUCCAGAAGAAAUUAAAACUCCCAGUAAAUGUUUUUUACAGGAAUUUUAAUUUGAUUUAUUAAAGACUCCACCCAAAAUGAAACAUUGUCUGACGUUUUCGUAAGUCCGAGGUGUUUGAAGUCUUUUAUGUGACAUUUAUUCCUGGAUCACCAUUUUGUAAAUUCCGCAAUACAAUUUCGAGAAAGGAUAUGGUGCCAAUUAUUCCCAUUAAUUUAGGAUAUAGGUCUGCAGAUUUCCCAAUGAUAACAAACCUCAAUUUUGGGGUGAGCUAUCCCUGUAACCAUCAGCAGAGACCGUAUUCAUUUGGCACCAAACGGAACAAAAAGGACUGAAACAGUCUUGAACUUGUCCAAUAAGAAACAAUCAUUUUAAUUCUCCUUUGCCAUUUAAAAAAAAAAGUGUUUUCCAUCACAUGCCUUAAUGAAUACAAUCCUUGUAAUGAAAUGAAGGCCAUCCCCGUCCAGAUUGGAUUUGUGGAGCAAAGCUGUACUUUCUCCAUGUGUUCAUUCAAGUUGAUUUAGUCAAUGUACCAUAUCGCAAAUUCAUUGAUGUAGCAUGUAAUGUUACUCAUUUUCCUUUAGGAAGUUGGAUGUUUUAUAUGUUGCUGGUGGUGUCCUUGGGAUUCAUUGUUUUGUCUGUGCUUUUCUACUAAAUUGACUAAAAUGAGUGGGCGAAAGUGAACAACUGUGGUCUGUCUGUCAACGUUAGGCUUUGAUGGAUCCGCCUCCUUGACGAUGCCCAAGGGGUGUGCCACUCAUAUGUCAAGAGUGCCUGAAACCAGGCCAUCUUGACAAAGUAUUCGAUUGGAGGUAUGCCAGGUUCAUUUGUAUUUGUCACAUCCAAUCUAAAACCUGGACCUUAAAUCUGAAGGGACUCUUUCAGCAUUUGAAUUAAAUCCACUAUUAAGUUGAUUUCAUUMAUCUCUAAAAUUGCUUUUCAAGGCAUCUAUACAAAGUGCCAGUCAAACACCGGAUUUCCGCACAGGAUAUGCAUUCUCCUGCCUUAGUGUACUUGGUUGAAGGUGUAUGACCUAGGCCAUGCAUUUUUACAAUGAUGUUAAUGAAACGGCUGAGCAGACAGCUUAGUUUGGGUCAAUGAGGGUCUGAGACUGUAGAAGGAACUGUUGUCUAUUUUCAUAAUGCCUUAAUCUACAUCCCUUGCGCCAGCAGGCCACAAAUGCAAAAGAUCCCUUAAGAACAAUGGUAUUCAAACUUUUUCAGCGGGGCAUACAUUUUUUCCACCAGAUUUUCUGGGGACACCAUUUUCUUCCGAAGAAUUUCUUGCGACCCCCACCUCAAAUAUAAUGGCACAACCUUAAAAUAAUUUUGUUUUUUUUACAUCAACAAUAAACCAUUGCAUUUUCCUCAUAUACAUUUUUUUAAGAAACCAAUAAAUACAUGUACUCAAUAAAAUUAUAUUUUCUAAUUAUCUUUCUCAGAAACAUUUUAAUAUAUAUUCCAUACAAUAAUCUGUACUCAUAAUGUUUUGUUCCUAAUAUACAUCUAUACACUGAUUGAGUGUAAAAAAUAUUAGGAACACCUGCUCUUUCCAUGACAUAGACUGACCAGGUGAAUCAAGGUGAAAGCUA